AUGGAUGAAUUGUGUUCAAUUUAUAUCAAGUCCAACCAAGCUGAAGCUAAGGAAGCUAUUCUAAAAGAACAGGAAAACUUUGAAUUAGAUGGACACCAGGCUGUGGAGAAAGCACAACAAGUAAUCAAAGAAUACUUAUCAAGUAUUUCUGAACAAGGACAUGUAUCAGAGUUAGUAAAUGUAAACCCGGCGCCCACAGUUGAAGCAAGCCCACCUAGUUCUGAAAGCAAUCCAACUGGAACAACCAUAGUCAAUGAUAGUCCAGCACCUGUUGUGGACACAGAAUGCCCACCGACUUCAGCAAGCAAUCCCACUACCAGUACAAUCACAGCUAAUGUUAGUCCGGACCCUACAUCAACCCAGGCAAGUCCUCCGAGUUUUGCGAGCAAUUUCACUGGUAUAACCCAUCAUCGUCUUAAACCACUGACAGUUUCAGUCUGUUAUGAUGAUAAAACUAGAUUUGCGGAUUUUUGGGCAUUAUUCAUCAGCCUAGUUGAUGAAGGGAGUGAGCCUGUAAGUGUUAAAAUGGCUCGACUACGUCAAAGUCUUUCAGGAAAUGCCUUUGAUGCAAUUCGCGGACUGGGUGUUACGGCGCCAGAGUACAAUGAGGCUAAGGACAUAUUAAAAUCUAAGUUUGGUAGACAAUGUCGUCAGUUGCAAGCUAGCUUACCUCGAUCAGUUAGAGAAUAUGCCAACUCUGAAGAACAAUGA